GCCCCUUCAAAAGAGGGGAUAGCCAGAAUCCGAGAAGCCAGUCAGAAUCAAAUUCUUAUUGUCGACAUUCAUUUCCAUGAAAAAAAGCUUAGCUGGCACAAUAUAAAACUGAGGGACUAUUUAUGCGCCUUUAUUCCGCUUUCUUGUUGAUGAUAGCACGCAGCUACUAUAACAAAAAUCUUGGAUCCAAAGAUUUUUGGAAAAGUCAGCGAGUUUCGUCGCAAAGACUGGUCGAUACAUUGCAGACAGAGCCUCCACGUCGACAUUUUCCGUCACUUCAACGUUUUUUACGUCUUGAAGGAUUGCAUUCGAGGGUAAGAUAGACAAUGAAAAAGGCGGGAAAAGCUUUCAAUUACCUUGGAAAGGGCUGUUCAGCUGGAAAAAUGGCCGUAGGGCAUGAGAAGGAAUCAACCUUGAAAAAGCAGGACCAGGUUUCUGAAAAAGAAGUCCAAGAAAUUCUUGAUCACCUAAACAACUUUUCUGAGGCCAAAAACAACUUUCUGCGCAUUAUGCCUGUGUGGAAGAAAUCUAGAGAGGAAACGAUAUCUCAGCUCUACCAAAUUGCCAAUGAAUGUGAUGAUCUACAUAAAGGCUGCAACAUUGCCAAUGUGACUGGAUCUAGUGUCGGUGCAGCUGGAGGACUCAUGGCUUUAGGGGGAAUUUUAUUGUCCCCAUUCACAUUUGGGGCAUCUCUUGGCCUCACAGUUGCUGGAGCUGCUACAGGAGUUGCAGGAGCUGCAACGAAUAUUACCACAUCAAUUGUAGAAUCAUCCAAAAUGAAGGAUAAAUGCCAGGCAGCACAAGAUUAUUUGGACAAGGACAAGAGUAAAACAGAAGAGCUUGGUGCGAUUGUAGAAAUUCUGAUAGGCUAUGUUGAGAAAUUGGAGUUGUUGCAAGCCAAACUUGAAAAGAUUGUAAAAUUGGAGGGCAUUUCAGUUGGUCUUGAUGGCACAAUUCUUGUUGCCAACACGGCAUCAUCAGCCUGUGGCAUUGCAAAAAGUGUCCAAGCCCUGCAGCUAAUAAAGUCUUUCACUGCUGCGGAGAUAUCAGUUCUGAAAGAAUGCCCUAAGAUGUUGAAAGGCCUGAAGGCAUUUAAAGAUACAUCAUUGGUCGCUGGUAAGGUGGCAACGUUCUUCGCUGUUGUCGGUUUGGGGAUUUCUAUUUACGAAAUAGUGACAACCUCCCAGGAUAUUCACGAAGGAUCGAAAUCGGAGGCAGCAACAAGGUUGCGGGAAAAUGCCGAAAACUUGAAAACACAAAUGAAUUCAUUGUGUGAAGUAGAGAAAAGCCUGCGAGGUGACUAAAACUACGAGAAAAAAAGAGUUUAUAUGGCAGAAGUUAUAUGCCAGUUUAACAGAUCAGUUAUUAUAGCUCAUUAAAUCAUAGUUCAGAACUUUCUACAAGAAAUGUUUGUUUGAAUAACAUUAAUUUUAUUUUGUACUUAUCAAUUUGUAUAACUGCAAAGUUCCACUUUCUAA